UGGUUGGGAAACACUGCUCUAGAGGGGCUUGCUGCCUCAGUUAGUUAGUUGGUGCAGAGAGGAAGAAGCAGCAUUAGUUAGCAGAAGACAGAGACUUAACAUCUGUCCCUGAGGAAGCCAAUGCGGAUUUAUUCUGAUGGUUAAGCAGCCUGCACAAGGGAUUGAUAUCAGUCUGUCUUACUGGGGGGGCUCCCCUUGGCUAAACUGGGAAGAAAGCAUUGUUGACUCAGGGAGUAUGCUGCAACCUCAGGAUGCUCUGCACAUUUGGUGCUGAUUGAGAUGAAGACACCAGUGAAGAUAGAGGUCUGAUUCAACGUGGUUCCACAUUUUCUUCUGUUACUAUUGCCAAAAAGACAACACCCUCAACGACCCAAGGACAGUGUUAUGCUGGAAAGCUGAAGUCUUUCAUUAGAAGGCUUAAGAUACUUUGGGACAAAUAAGAAUGGCAGAAAAAAUAUUCGAGAAAUGUAAAUCUCCCUGCAUUUAUGAGGAGCUGGCAGGAGAGUUUAAGGUGGUCAGUGUACGGGAAGUUGGCAAAGAUGUUGUUCUGAACUUAUCCAUCAGAAGCCUGACAACCAAGUCAAAGCAGGUUAAUGUUGACAUCAAGGCAAGUUCUGUCCUGUACACCAAGAAGGAAAUACAUGAACUCCUCAAAGAAUCCAAGACAAUUUGUGUGCCAGGCUGUGAAGGGACAGAAGUGCCGGUGGUCAUACCCUACUCUAUGUACGAAGAUUUAUUGACUGCCGAUAACUCAAUCGAGGUGACAGCCGUAUGCUCCUGUGAACCAUAUGAUGGACUACUGAUUAUCGAAACAAAUGUUGUCCUGAGUAACCCUAAAUUUGAAAUAAAGCUGAAUAAAAAAGUCAGUGUGAACAAACCCGUAGAAGUGGACAUCAUCUUCACCAACCCCUUUAACAAAGAAGUCUCUAAUAUUGUGGUGACAGCAGAAGGCAGCGGACUGCUCAAAUAUCCUGUUUCAAUUAAUGUGAACCCAGUGCAGCCGAAUGAGACUGUUACUAUUCCAAUAACUAUAAAGCCAUACAAGGCUGGCCCCAAGCAUCUGCUGGUGGAUUUCACAACUAACAAGUUCCCGAAUGCCAAAGGAUAUCUGGAGAUUCAAGUUCACGAGGCCACAUAAUUUAUUUAUAACAA